AUGGUCUGUGGUUGUGGAGGUCCUGGGCUGGCAUGGUUACACGUGGUCUGUGGUUGUCCUGGGCUGGUUCUGGUUACACGUGGUCUGUGGUUUGUGGAGGUCCUGGGCUGGCGUGGUUACACGUGGUCUGUGGUUGUGGAGGUCCUGGGCUGGCGUGGUUACACGUGGUCUGUGGUUGUGGAGGUCCUGGGCUGGCAUGGUUACACAUGGUUUGUGGUUGUCCUGGGCUGGCGUGGUUACACGUGGUCUGUGGUUGUGGAGGUCCUGGGCUGGCGUGGUUACACAUGGUUUGUGGUUGUCCUGGGCUGGCGUGGUUACACGUGGUCUGUGGUUGUGGAGGUUCUGGGCUGGCGUGGUUACACAUGGUUUGUGGUUGUCCUGGGCUGGCGUGGUUACACGUGGUCUGUGGUUGUGGAGGUCCUGGGCUGGCGUGGUUACACGUGGUCUGCGGUUGUGGAGGUCCUGGGCUGGCAUGGUUACACAUGGUUUGUGGUUGUCCUGGGCUGGCGUGGUUACACGUGGUCUGUGGUUGUGGAGGUUCUGGGCUGGCGUGGUUACACGUGGUCUGUGGUUGUGGAGGUCCUGGGCUGGCAUGGUUACACAUGGUUUGUGGUUGUCCUGGGCUGGCGUGGUUACACGUGGUCUGUGGUUGUGGAGGUCCUGGGCUGGCGUGGUUACACAUGGUUUGUGGUUGUCCUGGGCUGGCGUGGUUACACGUGGUCUGUGGUUGUGGAGGUCCUGGGCUGGCGUGGUUACACGUGGUCUGUGGUUGUGGAGGUCCUGGGCUGGCGUGGUUAAACGUGGUCUGCGGUUGUGGAGGUCCUGGGCUGGCGUGGUUAAACGUGGUCUGCGGUUGUGAGGCUGGUUGGACAUACUGGCAAAUUCUCUAAAAUGACAUUGGAGAUGUCUUAUUUACCUUUAUUUAACUAGGCAAGUCAGUUAAGAACAAAUUCUUAUUUUCAAUGACGGCCUAGGAACAGUGGGUUAACUGCCUGUUCAGGGGAAGAACCACAGAUUUGUACCUUGUCAGCUCGAGGAUUUGAACUUGCAGUCUUUCGGUUACUAGUCCAACGCUCUAACCACUAGGCUACCCUGGCUGGCAACAGCUCUGGUGUACGUUCCUGCAGUUAGCAUGCCAAUUGCAUGGUCCCUUAAAACUUGAGACAUCUGUGCCAUUGUGUUGUGUGACAAAACUGCACAUUUUAGAUUGGCCUUUUAUUGUCUCCUGCACAAGGUGCACCUGUGUAAUGAUCAUGCUGUUUAACAAUCUUCUUUAUAUGCCACACCUGUCAGGUGGAUGUAUUAUCUUGACAAAUGCUCACUAACAGGGAUGUAAACAAAUGUGUGCACAAAAUUGGAGAGAAAUAAGCUUUUUGUGCAAAUGGAACAUUUCUGG